AUUUUGACGGAAGAAUUACCCUUAAACAUAAGGCUCAUGGGUGUUCGACUAUCUAAUUUACGUUCACGUAAUGAUGAAUGUGGACUGAAUAAGUGGUUUUUUAAACAACAAAAUCCUCCAAAACAAUCAGCAAUUUCUAAAGAAUCAGAACUUGAACCACCAAGAACAUCAAAUCCUAGUAGUAGUUGUUUGAAAAGGUGGUUUUCGACACAAGAAGAUACGAAUGACCAAGAAAAACAAACAAAAAAGCAACGACUUAACAUUGAACCAUUUGGAAUUUCAAAUGCAUCAAAUCAUAAUUCUGCUCGGAGAAAUGUAGCCGACCUGUUGUCAGAACGUGAAUCCGCCAUAACCUCUUGUACUCCAACUCAGGAAGCCAAUGAAAAACAUAAAUGGUAUCCUUUUCCAAAUGUAAAAGUUUCACAAAUUAACGAACAUCUGGAUACAUGUUUAAAUGCUGAAAAUAUAAUUGAUAGUGAUUUUGAACAAGAUGUAAUCUAUUCAAGUUAUUUUGUACAAAACGAACAAGAUGACCGGAUUGGACUAGAUGACCGGAUUGGACUAGAUGACCGAAUUGAACUAGAUGACCGAAUUGAACUCGAAGAACGAAUUGAACUAGAAGAACAAACUGAACUAGUUGAACCUGAAGAUACAAAUAGUGAAGUUUAUGGAUCUGAUGUUCCUGAAAAUUCCGAAAACGACCCGGGCGCUCAAACGAUGAAUAUUGAUUGGAAAUGUCCAAAAUGUGAUAAAAUCUUUAAAAAACCCACAAACAUGCGUAUAAAUUCACAUCUUGACAAUUGUUUAAAAACAAAUAAGGGGUAUGUUGAAAUAGCAUCAUAA